UCACAGCUUCGGAUGCAUUCGUGUUCGAUCGAGUAGUUUCGGAACAAAACACCAAUCUCUGUAAACAUGUGCUUGUUAUCACUUUUUUCAAAUUGUGUCGAUUCGUUUUCUCUUUAGCAAAUGCAAAAAUAUGCGAUGAGAAGUCGUCCAAUUUCUUUCUAGUUCAUCGUAAUAUGCAAAAUAUUCAUGGAUGAUAAUAAUUCAAUAACCCUACGAAGCGUACAGAACGGUUCAAAAUGUAUAAAAUUACACGAUGGUUCAGUUUAUCUAUUGGGAAGAAGUCGUGAUACUCAAAUAACUGAUCCGAGAUGUUCUCGAGUACAGUUGUUAGUCUCUGCCGAUGUGAAACACUCUGAAUUGGUUGUUGAACAAGUUGGUAUUAAUCCAUCAGCAAUAAACGGAAUGAAGCUCGAAAAGGGAGAAAAACGUAAAGCUGUCCAAGGCGAUAUCAUCGAAGUACUAGCAUCCGAACAUCUAUUCGAAGUUGAAUUCCCGAAUUCUUCUCGCACAGAGUCCACUAUGACUGAUAAAGUUGAGAAUGGUGGAUUACCCAUUGAGAAAACUUCGAAACCGAGUGGCACUUUGGAUCAUUUUUUGAAGAAUUCCGCCCUGAAACAAGCAGGAUGCUGGGAAAGUAUUACUCCGGAUAGUUUAUACGUGUUUACAUCAGAUGGUAUCAAAAGUAAAGAAAAGAUAGCCGCAUUCGAUUUAGAUGGCACCAUAAUAACAACAUUAUCAGGGAAUGUAUACCCAAAAGAACCGAAUGAUUGGAAAAUUGCGUAUCCUACUGUGAAAGAAAAAUUGAAAGAACUGUAUCGUGAUAAUUAUAAAAUAGUAUUCUUCACCAAUCAAGGUGGUAUCGCUAGCGGUAAACUAAAAUUAUCAGAUUUUAAGCAAAAGGUCGAAACGAUUGUAAGAAAAAUCAGUUUACCGGUACAAGUUUUCGUCUCCGGUAGAGACGACAUUUAUCGAAAACCUCGUCCAGGAAUGUGGAAUUGCUUAGUGACGAAUAAAAAUGAUAAUAUUCCUGUAAAUUAUGAAGAAUCGUUCUUUUGUGGCGACGCUGCCGGAAGACAGGCACAUUGCGAACCGAAUAAAAAAAAGAAAGAUUUUUCGUCUUCGGAUCGUUUAUUCGCUAUAAACUUGAACUUGAAAUUUUACACACCGGAGGAAUAUUUUUUGGGAUGGAAACCAGCGCCGUAUAAGUUACCGGACUUUUAUGCGAAGAAUUUGAAAAAUACUUCUUUACUCGAACCAAAAAAUGCUAAAUUGAUCGAUGAUUCCACCGAAAUAAUAGUCAUGAUCGGAUGUCCAGGCUCGGGCAAAACGUUCUUCUCUAAAACUCACCUAGUAUCUGCAGGAUACAUCUACGUGAAUCGAGAUACCUUGAAAACUUGGCAAAAAUGUGUCAAGUUGACCGAACAUAGUGUUGGCAAUGAUAGAUCGGUUGUUGUAGACAAUACUAAUCCUGAUAAAGAAUCUAGAGCUAGGUAUAUCAACGUAGGAAAAGAUUUCAAUGUUCCUGUUAGAGCUUUUUGGAUGAAUGUUUCGUUGGAUCAUGUUAAACAUAAUAACGCAUUCCGCAAGAUUACUGAUACUAGUCACGAAAUCAUUCCUAAUUACUCGUUGAAUCAUUUUUCAAUCGAACCGCCGGACUUGAGUGAAGGAUUUAGUGAAAUAGUUCGAGUUAAUUUUAUACCGAAAUUUAAGAAUGACGAAGAAGAGAAACUGUAUUACACUUAUUUAUUAGACUAACGUUGACGAGCUUCGUGCUUUGGUUUUGAAAAAUGACAGAUGUAUUUCUCGUGAUAUCCGUUUUAUAUUUCUGGCAGAGGACUUUUGUAUUUUUCCUUCAAUUCUUCAUUAUAUUUUCGUAUGAA